AUGUCAUACAGUGUCAAAGAUGAACAAGGACGAUUGGCUAUGAGUUUCUAUGAUAACUUUUAUGUCUCUGGUGGUCACAAAAAAGAAAUAGAAACACAAAAAGUAGAUUAUAUUCCAACGGAUACAAUCACAAUUGUGCCAAACGCAAAAAAUUAUCAACCAGAUGACACAUGUGAAUUACUAAUACUAGCACCGUUUAGUUCAGCAAAUAGUCUAGUCAUAUUUGACUGUGAAGGUCAAGUCUCACAACCAAUGCAGUUUCAGAUAGAAUCUGGAAAAAACUCAACAACUGUUGAAAUUAAAAUAUCAAAAGACUGGAUACCAAAUUUCAAAGUCCAUGCUGAACUAACAGGCUCAAUCCCAAGAGAAACGGAAGUGACUGAUUCACCACAUCGCCCAGCAAUCGCUACUGGUUCAGUAACAUUAGAAGUAUCAAGAGACGUUUAUAAAUUGAAUGUUUUUAUUAAUACGAAAGAAACAAAUAAAACAUAUACACCAUCAUCAAUUAUCCAUAUAGAUGUCGACGUUACACAAUAUCUAGAUAACUUACCUGUGGAUAAGGCAGAAAUUUGCCUCAUUGUCGUUGAUGAAGCAGUUUUGUCAUUAACUGGUCACAAAUUAGAUAGUCCAUUAGAUAUAUUUUAUCCAAACCGGUCAGCAAAUAUCACACAAUAUCAUGAUAGAAAUCAUUGUUUGUUAUUCAAUAUGCAAGAUAUAGAAAAAUUUAAGAAAGAUAUGCAACAAAGACAAUCUUCAUUCGACCACAUCGAAUUAUGCUGUGAACGAUCAAUGCCCAAAUAUAUGAGUAUGGCCUGUUCAGCUGGUGUCGGAUAUGGCGGUUUCGGUGAUUCUAAUGCUGAACAACAAAUAGCUGUUCGAUCGAAUUUCAAUCCACUAGCAUGUUGGAUACCAUUAUCAAUGACUAAUUCAUCAGGACGUGUUUCAUUUGAAAUUAAAUUACCUGAUAAUCUAACACGCUAUCAUGUAUGGGCGUUAGCAACAAAUGAUAAACAAUAUGGUUUAGGUGAAAUGUCAUUUACCGUACAAUUACCAAUUAUGAUUCGACCUUCACUACCAAGAUUUCUUAAUUAUGGUGAUACAGCUCAUAUCUCAGUGAUUUUACAAAAUCAAACUGAUCUAUUCUUCUUACUACAUGCUUCAUUUUUGACAGUACUAACUAUGAACUGA